AUGACCUCCUGGACCGAUCAAAACAAGCUUCUCCGCCUUGGAAAGAAGAUUCUCGACGCAACAGGCACCCCAACACCAUCUGAAAAAUCUCUCAUCUCCUCCCUCGCCAGCACUACAGGCGUAGGUUACAAUGUCGCCCGCGAUGCUUAUGUCAAAUCUGUGCUUGAUCCAUUGUUGCAGGACAAAGUUCGGAAAUCCAUGAAAUGGAUCAUCAAUUCGAAUUUCACGCCGGAAUUCGUUGAUCCGGCGGCAAAUAGUGCAGAUUUGGAUGAUGAGAAUUUUGAAAAGGAAGGCAUUGACCCAGCGGUCUUGAAUGCAGAUGGAGUGCCGAUUCCCAAACGGAUGUUUGAUCUUGAUACGGGAAAUAUGGAGGAUUGGCCCAAUGGACAAUAUGUGAUAUUGAGUCAUAUUUGGAAAGGUCAAGAAAUUACCUAUCCAUACCUUAUGAAGAUCAAAGAAAAUGCGAGGAAAAGAGAAGUUUAUGAAAUGAUUCGGGAUGCGGAUGAUGAGGAUGAGAAUGCGAAGAGGUUUGCAAGUUUCCAAGCUAAAAAAUUUGGUCAUUUGGAAGCGGGGAAAAGUGAUGUUGAGUUGCUUGCUGCGGGAUGCACUAAGGAUGUUGAUGAGCAGCUCAAGAAAAUCACUGUCAUUCUGAGUCGUUCUGGAAAUGAUUCGAGUGAGAUGAGUCCUGGCAUAUUCCUCGCUCACCUGACCGAAUUCAAAGAAGCUACUUGGGAAGCAGCAAGUGCUCGCAAUACUUGUAAUGCGAAGAAAAAAGAGCUAGAGCUAAGAAAGAUGGCAGACAAGAACAUAGAGAAGGAAAAGAAGAACGUCGGAGUUGACGAUUUGGACAUGGCUAUCAACAGUGAAGGGAGUGUGGACGAUAGUUUGAACCUUCGCAAAGAUUUAUCCCAAGCCGAAUCCGAGCUUUCUCGAGUUGAGAACAAGCUGAGCCGCGCCGAAAUACGCCUCAUGAAUGCAACGGGAAACUACGCGAUCUUGAAUCAAAUUCCCGGGCUACGCUCCGCCGUGGAAGAUCUACUUCCUAUCCUAGAGAGAAAGAAGUCUAUGUCCAAAAUUGAAGGUUCUUUUCGCGAAGCGAAAAGGAUCCUUAGUUCUGGCCUCUUCCCAUCGAAUGGUCGUAAACGAUACCUCUGGAUUGAUACCUGUUGUAUCAAUAAAGGCAAUGCAAACGAAUUGACUGAGUCACUUGCUAUGAUGGGACAGUGGUACAAUAACGCCGACUUUUGCUUGACGCACCUCGAUACACCAAGCUCUACAGAAUGGGUUAAUACUUGGCGUAGUCUCGAUAUGCCGCCUGAUAAGCUUGCUGGUAUUCCGAAUUUUGCCACUUUUGAAGAUGUGGUUAAUCCGAAGUGGGCGACAAGAGGAUGGGCUUUGCAAGAACUGGUUUUGAGCAAGAUGUCUUUUUAUGUGAACAAUAUUUGGCAACCUUUACCAAGGGAAGUGGAGGGAUUGGGUCCAUACUAUUAUCACUGUUCGUAUCUUGGCCAGCAUAUUCGUGAUCAAGACAUUGCUGGUGUGCCGACGAAAGCAAAACAUCUUCUCCAGAAUUUAGAACUUCUCCAAGAACUCAUGGAUAGCGGUGAAAAGAUUCCAUACUUCAUUUCAACAGGAGGCCUAGAGAAAUCAAGAAGGUUGAUUGGAAUUCUUAGUUUUCUCGGAGUGCAGUUUCCUGGAAAAAUGAAUGAUGAUAACUCUGGUGCCUACAUCUGGAACAUAGUUUCUCGAGCAGGGUAUGAGAUUGAGUCGCGAAUGGCCAAAGAAAUCUCCCCCACUCAGACCCUUCGGACAUUGUUCGCAACUCUAGGUUUUGAUUUGGAAUCGAUUCGAGCAGAAGCCAGGACCUUGAUCAAGCUUGUGAUUAAAACAUUAGUGGAUGAUUGUGCCGCAGCUAUUGAUGCGGAUCGAAUCAAGGUCUCCGAGUUCACAAACGUGCCUCCACUUGAGUGCUGUCGCGGACUUAGCAGACCCACUCUUCCUGCUCAUGACAUUCUAUCAUUGGCAUCGUAUCGAGAAUGCACUGUUCCUAUCGAUAGAGUGUACUCACUAAUGGGAGUCCUCGGCGUUAAGUUUUCGGCUUUCCAUGCCGAAGGUCCGACUAAAGCUCUUUGUCGAUUGCUUGACGAGGUGGUCAUUACUACUAACGAUGUCUCGAUCUUCAAUUGGGCGGGUAAAGAUUUGGGAAGUCCCAUUAGAGGAAGAUCACUAUAUCCCUCAACUUUAACGGCCUUUAGCCCAGCGAAGACCGAAAAUUACUUUACGGCAAGGAGGAAUGAUGUAUUAGCCGAGGCCUCAAAGAAAAAGAGAUAUAGGCUGCAAGACACGGCGUCCCAGAUUACUUUGCUAUUGCGUCGGACAAUAGAUUUCGUCAAGCGAACGGAGUAUCAAGAUGUGCCAAUUGACCUGCUCGGAAGCAUUCUCAAUUUCAUCGAAAAGAUUGGCUUGAGCGAUAUCAGACCUCAGCUCCUCAAUCUUGGAAAAUUAUUAGUCUACCUCGAGAGUACUUUGAGCUUUGAGAAGUACAAGUCGACGAUCCGUUAUAAGACCGAGGAAGAAAAAACCAAAGAGGAGGUCGGUGGCGAAGAGGAAAAGCCAGUAAGCCAGAAUAGCGGAAGCAUUGCUUCAAGAUUCAGGCUCAAGACACCACAAAUACUCCAAAUGCCACAUAUUUCCGCACCGAAACUCAAAGUCGGACUCGGCGGAUUUGGAAGAAAGACAAAGGAACCCCUGGCUCCCGCAAAAGAAAACGUUAAUACCCCGCCAACGUCUCACUCUGAGCCUGUGCUUGCGGUCAUAAUUCCAUCAAAGGAGGAGGAACCAGAAAGUCUAGUCGGCGAGGUAAAUAAUUGGAUUUCCAAAGGUCAAGACAUCAAGAACCCCCCCAUUGAAUUCCAGCCGCUUUUUGAGCACCUACAAGCUCCGGUUGUGGAUGGUCUUCCCAUGGGAAAACGUCAAAGACCACAGAAAACCCAAGCAUCUCUAAGUUCUAGUAUGAUAUGUCCAAAUCCAAUCAUGCUCACCACCUCUGGAAUUGAAGGCGUCUUCGACAUCCAGAGGGUCAUAAUCAGCAUGCAGAAUCCCGAACAUCUUCGCUAUCAAGUACAGAGCGCGGUAAACGACAGCCAAAAGAUAAGUGGGAAAUGUACUAUCAGUACUGCACUGUCUAUGAUAACCGUAAAUUUCUCUUGUGAAGCGGGGGCAUUGGAAAAGGAAUUGGAUGUUUGUGAUGUUGUGAAAAGGUCAUUUGGUUCAAUAAACUCUAGGCCAGCUCUAAAUACAGGACAAGAAAAUGACAGCUACUAUAGCAAACUCACCUCUUUUUCCUCUGGUUUUAUGGGUAAAGGAUCCGAAACAACCGUUCCCACCGAAAACGAAGAUCCGAAAGCCUCGACCCUAGACCCAUCAGCUCAAACUCCCGAUUUUGGCGAGACUUCGGAACAGCGUCGUGUAGUUCGCAUGCUCGACUUUGUCCAAGAGAACAAUAUCAAUCUUAUCGUGGGCGAAUGGGUUCUUGCUAGAUUCACAGGCGCUGAAGGGGCGAAAUGGUUCCUAUGCCAAUUGGAAUUAGGGUCCACGCACAGUUACUAUGGACGACGCAUCGCUACCGACGAUAUUGACUUCAAAAAUGUAGUACCUGAACCUGGACUUGUGGGUCACUGGGAGGACUAUAUGAAAAACAAGAAAACAGAGUUGUGCCGUAUUGUAAAAGUGCUGGUCCAAGGACGGGUAGCUCGACAGUAUGCAGACUCAAUCGCUAGUCCGGAGAUUAAAACCGAAAUGGAUGAUGAUUCGGAUCACGAAGGACCUGAAAGCAAAGAAAAGCUAAAAGAUUUCCUCUUCAAACGAGGGACGCUCCUUGGUGCCGAACUUGUGCAAACACUUACCGAUAUUUGGGGCGAAAGAUUGGACGGGAUGUUGAGUGAUACUAUUCUCCAGCAAGUGCCCAAGCGACUGAGAGCUGCAAUCAUGAAUUUGAACGAAAAUGAGGAUUUAUUGCCAGCUAUGUUUUUGAGUGGGGUCCAGAUUCAUAUGUUUUAA